AUGGCCCGCCAGCCAUGCACUGGCACCAAAAUCAAGGCGUCCUUUUCAAGUGCCACGUAUAGACAGGUGGCACCAUAUACCUUCCGGGACCCUGACAGAAACGGCGACAACAUGAAGCCACUUCAUGUGUUUGCAUCACGCAUGCCCCAUUACGUCUUCUACGGCAUUCUAGGAGAUGCCUAUCUGGCCAUAAGCCAGUUUGGUCCGCUCCAAAUGCAAGAAAAUGAGGAGGCACUCCCGCGCUUGAUUUUGUUUGCUCGCAUUGUCGCCCGUUUUGGAUCGUCAGUCAUGAACAAGCCAGAAGGCGUACUAGAAAGCAACGUGACGAAGAAGGGCCGCAUUGAACACCAUUCCCCGACAUUUGACUUGGUGAGCGUCGUCUUUGUGGAAAUCAAAAGGCCUUGGAUGGCCAGAAUCUGGACACGGAAGGCCAAGUGUUGGCAGAGUGUGCGGCAUUCAUCAUGCCACCGUACAAGAGAAGCCAGACUUCUGAAUGAUCUACAUAUACCAACAUCUGACUUCUCUCACAGCUGA